UCCAAAGUGGCUCUUUCCAUUGGUUUGUUGAUUCUCCUCUGCUCUCUCACUCUCUCAAUUCACUCUGGCUUAGAUCUCAGAUCUCGUCUUUUGCCUUCUCGGUUGUUUGAUUCAUAUUUCCAGUUAGAGAUUGGAAGCGGAAGCCGAAUUUCCUUUUCCGGUGAUGGAAGAAGGAAAACGGAGGUUGUAUCUUCAAUUUGGUUUCCUGUUAUUGAUUGGUUGCUUCGCUUCGCAGCUCUUCGCUUCCUUUGAUCCGAUCUUUUACGAGUCGUUUGAUGAACCGUUCGGUGGUAGAUGGAUUGUGUCUGAGAAAGAGGAUUACAAAGGUGUUUGGAAACAUGCAAAGAGUGAGGGGCAUGAUGAUCAUGGGCUGCUUGUAAGUGAGGCGGCCAGGAAGUAUGCUAUUGUCAAAGAGCUUGAUGAGCCUGUGAAGCUCAAGGAUGGGACCGUAGUCCUUCAGUUUGAAACUCGCCAUCAAAAUGGGCUCGAGUGUGGUGGUGCAUAUUUGAAAUAUCUCCGUCCUCAGGAAGCAGGGUGGGUUCCUAAGGAGUUUGACAAUGAGUCCCCUUACUCUAUCAUGUUUGGACCUGACAAAUGUGGGGCCACUAACAAAGUUCACUUUAUUCUAAAGCAUAAGAACCCCAAGAGUGGAGAGUACAUUGAACACCAUCUGAAGCACCCGUCUUCUGUGCCAUCUGACAAGCUAUCCCAUGUUUACACUGCCAUUCUGAAGCCUAAUAAUCAAUUGCGGAUCCUCAUAGAUGGGGAAGAGAAAAAGAAGGCUAACUUCUUGUCUGCUGAGGAUUUUGAGCCCCCAUUGAUUCCUAAAAAGACAAUUCCUGACCCUGAUGAUAAGAAGCCCUCAGCCUGGGAUGAGAGAGCAAAGAUUCCUGAUCAGAAUGCUGUUAAACCAAAUGACUGGGAUGAGGAUGCGCCUAUGGAAAUUGUAGAUGAGGAAGCUGAAAAACCUGAAGGAUGGUUAGAUGAUGAGCCUGAAGAGAUCGAUGAUCCUGAGGCAUCAAAACCAGAAGAUUGGGAUGAGGAGGAGGAUGGUGAAUGGGAGGCACCGAAGAUUGAUAACCCAAGGUGUGAGACAGCUCCUGGUUGCGGUGAAUGGAAGAGGCCAAUGAAGAGGAACCCAGCUUACAAGGGAAAAUGGUAUGCCCCACUUAUUGACAACCCCGAUUAUAAGGGUAUCUGGAAGCCACGGGAAAUUCCAAACCCCAACUACUUUGAGCUCGACACCCCUGACUUUGAGCCCAUUGCUGCCAUUGGCAUCGAAAUAUGGACAAUGCAAAAUGGAAUUUUGUUUGACAACAUCUUGAUAGCUGGUGAUGAGAAGGUCGCCCAAUCAUACAGAGUUAGUACUUGGAAACCAAAAUUUGAAGUUGAGAAAGAAAAGCAGAAGGCUGAGGAUGCAGCUGCUGGACUUUCAGAUGGCCUUAAAAAUUUCCAGAAGACUGUGUUCGAUGUCCUUUACAAGAUCGCAGACAUUCCUUUCUUGAGCAAACAGAAGUCUCAAAUUCUGGAUCUCAUUCAAAAGGCAGAGACACAGCCAAACCUCACAAUUGGUGUCAUUGUGUCCAUCAUAGUUGUUUUGUUAUCCAUCAUAUUCAAGAUCCUUUUUGGCGGGAAGAAACCAAAAAAAGUGAGUGCAGAGUCUCACACCGGAGAAUCUGAGACUUCGAACAACCAAGGAAGCAACAAAGAAAAGGAGGAGCAGAAUGAGAAGGAAGACACGGCCGGCCCUCGUCGGAGGAACAACAGGCGCGAGAAUUAGAGAGUCCUGGAAAUGCUAGUGACCUUAGGCACUUCACGUUUGGCAGAUAUUUUUUUGAGCUAGUUAUCCGGAUUCAUAAUUUUGCAGUGAGUUACUGGUCUGGAUUUUUUUUUUUUUUUAAAUUCCCCUCUAUUCAGGUUUGAUUUGUGAAACAAUUAAUAUACGAGAUUGUAAACACGAUGAUUAACUCUUCCAUGGACUGACUGGAUUGUGCUCCGUUCCUGUUUUUCCUGCUCUUAAUGGGAAACAUGGUUGGGAAAUUGAAGGUU